GAAUUUUCUGCUGUAGGAAAAUCAACUCUUUUUAUAUUAAAAAUAUCAUUUGUGUUGAGAGAGACGUUGAAAACUCUAGAAUAGUUUAAAUAAAAAUUUGAGUUCCCUACAAUUGACAAUGAUGAAGGAGGCAAUGUUCUAUCUUUGGUCCGUAAUUCUCCUUAUAUCUAUCGCUUAUAUUCAGAAUGCCGAAAUUGAUAUGACUGACUGUGGAAAAACGAAAAAUUGUUGGCAGAAACCAAGCGGCUGUCAAAAUGAAACAGAUUGUAUCGGUAUUGUCACUUGGAAAAAAAAUGGAAACGAUUUAGAUUUUGAGGUAAUGGGAAAGAAACAAUAUGCCGCUAUUGGUUUUUCGAGUGAUGAAGCUAUGGGUGACGAUUCUAUUCAUGCAUGUCUGAAACCAUCAACAGGAAAUCCUGUUAUUAAUACCUACAAGUCAACUGGCGAAAGUAAGCCACCACUUGUUUCCUACAAUGGGUUGACAAAUAAAAAGAUUGAAAGCGAGGGUUCAGUACUUCGAUGUCGAUUUACCCGACCCCAAAAAACUGGAAAUACAGAUGUUUUCGAUCUGGAUUCAGGAAAGAAGUAUAUUCUGUUUUGGGCAAUGGGAGACCUAUCAGGAAACGAACUAACACCACAUGUUAAAGCAGAAAGAGGUCAUUCUGAUGGUAAAAUAGAUUACACAAAACUUCCUUCUUCACCCUCAACUGGAAAUCUUGAUAUGACUGACUGUGGAAAAACGAAAAAUUGUUGGAAGAAACCAAGCAGCUGUAAAGAUGAAACAGAUUGUAUCGGUAUUGUCACUUGGAAAAAAAAUGGAAACGAUUUAGAUUUUGAGGUAAUGGGAAAGAAACAAUAUGCCGCUAUUGGUUUUUCGAGUGAUGAAGCUAUGGGUGACGAUUCUAUUCAUGCAUGUCUGAAACCAUCAACAGGAAAUCCUGUUAUUAAUACCUACAAGUCAACUGGCGAAAGUAAGCCACCACUUGUUUCCUACAAUGGGUUGACAAAUAAAAAGAUUGAAAGUGAGGGUUCAGUACUUCGAUGUCGAUUUACCCGACCCCAAAAAACUGGAAAUACAGAUGUUUUCGAUCUGGAUUCAGGAAAGAAGUAUAUUCUGUUUUGGGCAAUGGGAGACCUAUCAGGAAACGAACUAACAGCACAUGUUAAAGCAGAAAGAGGUCAUUCUGAUGGUAAAAUAGAUUAUACCUCUUCACCCGCUGGAAGCUCAGCUGAAGCUAUAAAAAGCAAUUUAUCAAUCUUGCUUUUAACGUCCACUCUCCUCAUCGUUAUUCAAGUUUUGAGCAAUUAAAUUCUUAUAUAAUUUCUUCAUAUGCUUUAAGAUAAUAAUGAAACGUUUCAUUUAUAAUGAGAUUAUAAUAAUAUCCAGUUAGCUUCAAAACAUAGAUAAUUUGCAUAAUUGAAACCAUGCUAAAUUGUUUUGUUUGGUGAUAUAUACGAAAUACAAAUAUUGAUAUAUCAGUG